AUGUGACUCAGAGAACCGUUACCUUGGAAACCCCCUCCGAGGAACAUGUUAUUACAACCUGUUAAUUGAUUACCAGUUCACCUUCAGUUUGCUUCAGGAAGACGACCGUCACUACACCAGCAUCAACUUCAUGGCUACACCUGAACAGGCAAACAAGAACCUCGACAUGUCCAUCAACGCCUCCAACAACUUUAACCUCAACAUCACCUGGUCCCUAAGCUCAACAGCUGGCACCAUCUCAGGUGAAGAGAUGCCCAUCAUAGCGAGGACCAACAUCAAGGAGCACCGAGACAGUUUCUCCUGUGAGAAGUUCAACUUCAGACUCCACCACAACAUCACCUUCUACGUCUACGUCACCAACUUCAGCUGGCCAAUCAAGAUCCAGAUUGCCUUCUCUCAGCACAACAGCAUCAUGGACCUGGUGCAGUUCUUCGUCACCUUCUUCAG